AUGCCUGCCGAGACCAUGGAGAUGCCCCAGACCAACCAGAUGGUGGCCCAGCCCCAGACUGAGCAGCCCAAGGCUGAGGAGCCAAUGUCAAUGUCCCUCCGUGGUGGUGGUCUCUGCGAGGACUGCUGCUGCUGUUGCGCCGGCUGCUGUGCCCUCGAGACCAUCUGCUGCUGUCUGGCCGCCGAGGAGGUCGCCGAACACGUCUAA